AAACCAAUGUCGAACGACUUCGGCGACCAAGAUACCAUAGAUUUUUCCCCUCCAAAGCCACAGGCGAAACCACCUGCACGGCUCAUGGCUCGGAAAGCCGAAACCUCAUCCAGUGCAGCGUCAGCACCAAGCAAGAAAGCAGGAGUCAAUGCUGGCACAGCUUCCAAAGGCGCAAAGGGUGCAUCCGCACAAGCCACAGAUACAUUUAAAUAUAAGCAUACUCCUGAAGCUGCGGAAGAGCUGAUUGUUGAAGUCAUCCCGUCCACUGUGAUCGAAGGCUACGGCGAUGCGAACUGGAAGGCACGGUUAGCAGCCGUGGAGGAACUAGAAGCCUGGGUCAAUGAGAAUGCAGAAGUUGCCGACUCUGAGAUUGUGUUUCGUUUCUUGGGAGGGAAGAAGCGAGAUUGGAACGAGAAGAACUUCCAGGUCUCCGCAAAAGUAUACACCAUCAUGUCGAUAUUAGCUGACAAGUCUCCGUCCUUUGGCAAGCCGUCAGCAGCGCUCGCGAUACCACAUUUGUCAGAAAAGCUGGGUGACAUAAAGCUGAAGAAACCAGCUGGGGAUACCUUGAUUUUGUUCGCGGAGAAGACAAGCCUAUCGUUUGUGCUGAGCCAAGCCUACGAGCCCAUGUCGAAACAAAAAGCGCCCAAAGUCCAAGCCGAUUCACUCAUUUGGAUUGGUCAGGCCCUGACCGAGUUCGGCAUAGCAGGGUUAAAUCUCCGUUCCUUGGUCGAUUUCCUCAAAGUCGCGCUGGGAAAUCCAAAUGCUGCUGUGCGCGCUGCCGCUACGUCCACCUUCGUUACCUUUCGUCUUUUCGCUGGGACCGGGAUUAAAGAUUUUCUUGACGACCUCAAUCCCCAGCUACUAAACACUAUAUCCGCUGAAUUCGAUAAAGUCGAGGGUACGCCUGCUCCAGAGCCCAUUCGAACGCAAGCCGAAGUCUCUGUCGUCGCGGCGUCUUCGUCUUCUGGUGGGGCAAACAAUGCGGCUGCCAUGGACAGUUUGUAUCCCCGCGUUGACCUCGACAAGAUUAUCUCGUCGCAAGUGUUGACCGACGCCCUGAGCGACGCCUGGAAGGUCAGGAAAGAGGCUAUGGACUCUAUACAGGCCACUCUCAGCGAAGCACAGAACAAGCGUCUAGAGCCAAAUAUGGGCGAGAUUGCCCAAGUUCUCAAAGCGCGUGUGGCAGACACGAACAAAGCUGUGCAGACUACUAGCUUGGACGUGGUUGCCAAGAUUGCUCUCGGAAUGGGCAAGCCAUUCGAAAGAUAUUCCCGAAUUUUGGUUGCCCCCGUAGCUGGUGUGCUUGCCGAUCAGAAGAUGCCCACUCGCGCAGCCGCGCUCCGGGCCCUCACCGAGAUGGCGAACGCAUGCGAAGAGAUCGAGACAUUCAUCCCCGGUAUCGCAACCGCUUUGGAGUCAGCUAAUCCAUUGCUUCGCAGUAACUUGCUCAACUGGGCAGCUGAAUGGUUCAAAGAGCAUCCAGCCUCAUCAUCUCUCGAUUUGAGCUCGUGGAUCUCCCCUGUAAUAACUUGCCUGGAUGACAAAAGCGGGGAUGUCAGGAAAGGUGCCCAGGCAGUCCUACCUACCGUUAUCGCGACGGCCGGGGUGGACUCAGUAUUGGGAAAACUCGGUUCCUUCAAGGGAGCGACGCAACAAGCUGUACGCCCCCUCAUUAUGGCCGUAAAGGUUGAGGGUGGUCUUGCGCCAUCAAAGCCUGUUGCGCGUCCAGAGGAUAGUGCGGCCUCAGUGCGGCCCAAAAAGCCGCGCGUAGAGGAGAAGCCUGCCGCACCUCAGGAUCCAGUAACACCUGUAGUAUCUGGCUUCGAUGACGAGCCAGGGAUGGAGGAUGCGUCCCCUAAGCCCUUGGGCAAGCCUCCGGCCAGGCUUAUGGCGAAGAAACCAGCCGCGCCUCCUGCCGCCGCUGUACCACAGCCGAAGAAAAUCGCGGCCGCCCCUGCGGUUGCUUCAGCGAAGUCCGCUAAGAGUGGACCUCCGCAAGCUACUGAUACCUUCAAGUACAAGCACACACCCGAUGAUGCUGAAGGUCUCAUUGUCGAGCUUAUCCCACCUUCCAUUGCUGCGGGUUAUGCAGAUCCGAACUGGAAGGCCAGAUUAGCCGCAGUUGAAGAGAUGGAAACUUGGGCUUCUGAGCAGGACGAAUCUCUCGACUCCGAACUAGUCUUUCGUUUCCUUGGAGGGAAAAAACGCGACUGGAACGAAAAGAACUUCCAGGUUUCCUCAAAAGUGUAUAACGUUCUGUCGAUUCUGGCUGAAAGAUGCCCCACAUUCGGAAAGCCAUCCGCUGCUCUGGCCAUUGCUCAUUUGACGGACAAACUCGGUGAUAUGAAACUGAAGAAACCAGCUAGUGACACCCUGGGGUUGUUUGCAGAGAAGACGAGCUUGUCUUUUGUGCUCAGCCAAGCGUACGAACCCAUGUCGAAGCAAAAAGCGCCAAAAAUGCAAGCAGAGUCCCUUAAUUGGAUCGGCCAGGUUCUCAAUGAAUUCGGCGUUGCUGGUCUCAAUCUCCGAGCCCUUGUGGAUUUCUUGAAGAAUGCGCUCGGCAACUCCAAUGCCGCGGUUCGCUCUGCUGCGACAUCCACGCUGGUGACGCUGCGUCUAUUCGCUGGGACAGGAAUCAAAGACUUUCUGUCCGAUCUCAACCCACAACUGCUCAACACCAUCUCUGCUGAAUUCGACAAGGCGGAAGGCAAACCUACACCUGAGCCGACUCGCACCCAGGCUGACCUGAGCGGACUUGCGCCAACCUCUUCUGGUGGCGGAGGUGGCGACGAUCCUAUGGAUAGUUUAUACCCUCGGGUCGACCUGGAUAAGAUCAUAUCCGGGAAAGUACUUGCAGACGCUAAGAGCGAUGCUUGGAAGACGAGGAAAGAAGCGCUGGAAACUGCGCAAGCUAUUCUCAAUGAGGCUGCCAACAAAAGGUUGAAACCCAAUAUGGGCGAGAUCGGGCAGGUCCUCAAGGCACGGGUGCCCGAUACGAACAAGGCUGUCCAGGCACUGACAUUGGACAUCAUAUCACGUAUCGCCACAGCUAUGGGUAAACCUUUCGAGAAGUACACGCGUCUGUUCGCUGCACCAGUGGCUGGCGUUCUGGCAGAUCAGAAGGCUCCGAUUCGAGCAGCGGCCUUGCUUACACUCACCAACAUGGCGAACGCGUGCGAAGAAAUUGAUACCUUCAUCUCCGGGAUUGUUUCCGCGUUGGACAGUUCUAACCCUCUUCUACGCAGUAAUCUGGUGAACUGGGUUGCUGAUUGGUUCAAGGACCAUCCGGAAUCUCCUUUGCCCGACUUGACACCCCUGGCUGGGCCGGUUGUUAAUUGUUUGGACGAUAAAAGUGGCGACGUGCGAAAGGCUGCACAGGCCGUAUUGCCAACGAUCAUUGCGCAAGCAGGUUUUGAAGUCGUGAUGGGGAAGUUGUCAUCUCUAAAGGGUGCAUCCCAACAAGCUGUUCGCCCUCUGAUCAUGGCUGCCAAGCCUCUCGCUAGUGGGCCGGCCGCACCUCCUUCUGCAGCCGCACCGUUGACUGUCCGACCUGCAUCAAAUGCGCCGAAGGCCUUGGUACCGCCGAUGGAACAUCCCUCGGAAUCUCAAUCUGCAACAGCCCACCCUCCAAAGCCCAUGCCAACGAAAGUGCUUAACGGCAUUAGUGGUACUACCGGAGUUCGUUCCUUGCGACUGGGGGCAACGUCGUCCCGACCUGAGUCUCGUACAGACACGAGAGACGAUGAACUGCCGCCGUCUGCCACCGGUGCUGCUAUGCCGAAGACGAAGAUUGGAUCGGGGUUAAAGAGGCCCACAGUCGUAAAUCAAGCGACUGUCAUGGCUGUCGAGGCCGAAGCUAUUGCGUCUCUCCCCUUUUCCGGCAUGAGUCUCGACAGCAAACGUGUGCGGUUAGGCAGGGAUCGUGCAAGAUUUGUAUUCGAAUCCGUCCCUCCUUCGAAAGACGUGAUAGAUAUGCUCCAGCAACAGAUGGAGCCACAUACUUCAAAGGCGCUCGUUGCGCAGCUUUUCAGCCAUGACCACAAUGCUGAUCGCGAUCACAUGCUUGGAGUUUCGGCCAUGGACGAAUGCUUCAUCGCUGCGCUCAACGAAGAAGACAAGUACGGUUUGUCCCCAGAAGAUGCAAUGGCAAUUCUCAUUGCCAAUUCCGAUCUUCCUCUUAAAUACUGCUCUAUCCGUCUACAGGAUACCAAUCCCACCAUGACAAUGCGUUGCUUGGAAUUAAUAUCGCACAUCCUUGAGCUUCUGAACAAAGCAGACUAUACCCUCACCGAUGGUGAAGUUGCAGCCUUUGUUCCGACCAUGAUUGGCAAGCUCGGUGACUCCCGGGAAGUUACCCGUGAGAAGAUACGAGGUAUAUUCCGUCUCCUAGAGAAGCAAUAUCCGUACAGCAAGAUAUUCCAGCUAUUGAUGGAAUAUGGUCUGCAAUCGAAGAAUGCACGAACACGACAAUCUUCCCUUGAAGAUAUGGCAAGUCUUCUGAAUCGUUACGGUAUGUCUAUUUGCCAGCCCUCCAAGGCGUUCCCUGCAGUGGCAGUAAUGGUAUCGGAUCGUGAUACCAAUGUGCGACAAGCUGCGUUAUCGGUGAUUGGAGAAGGAUAUGGUCUUGUUGGCGAUGCUAUCUGGUCGCAUAUUGGAGUUCUUUCUCCCAAAGACAAGACUUUGAUCGAAGAACGAUUACGUCGUCUUGCCCCACCCGCAAAACCCGAACCUCGUGCAACAAAUGGUAUCCCUCGUAGCCUUGCAAAAGCAUCGAGCAUUGCGCGAGCUGCCUCACCGGGUCUAACCAAGUCGCACCCGCCGCGAGCAAUGUCUCCUGGUCCCUCUAAGUUGCAACCUUCACGAGCCAUGUCUCCUGGGCCCUCAGCAUUACCAAGCAUGAAUCGUUCGGGUGGUGGCAUUCCGCGUCCAGGCAUGUCAGCUCUUCCAGUACCAGGGAGUCGUCCGAAAAGCAUGCUACCCUCUCGAUUGGGGGCUGUUCGUUCUAGACCAGCCUCCGCAUUGGAAGGUGAACUGCCUCAGACAGGGUCAAGCCAGAUGGGAUACAUCGCCGAAACGGAUAACACUCCUACACCACGUCGGCCUUCCACGUCUCAGGCAAGACCAGUCAGCCGCACUCAUCACGAAACAAAGGAGCCUGACACGAUAGAGGGUCUAAUAAAGUUGGUCAUGAGCAACGACAUGGAGGCGUCUAUUCGGGCUUUAAAGAAGAUUCAGGAGCGUCUCGACGUCGUAGGCGAUGCAGGGGAAGACAUGCCUGCAUUCACCGAACUGUCGCAGAAUGCAAUCGAGCUCGUUGAAAGCAUCCAGAUUCGCAUGCAGCAUUUAUUCGAAGAUCGCAGCGAGCGAGACGCCAAAACUUGGCGUCUUACAAAGCAUCUGAUCACCACUCUCAGCAACUUUAUCGAACAACCAGCACUUGCUAGAUGUCUCAAUACAGAGUCUUUGACGGCUUUACUAGAGGAAUUGACCCUUCGUCUGCUGCAGACGGAUGAAGCACCUGAUCCGAAGGGCAAAGACACUUCUCGUUAUAUUAACAUGGUGUUACUGAAAUUAUUCACCACCGCAGAGCGUAUCUCGGUGUUUAGAGCACUGUUUACCAUCCUGCUUCGACUAGCGCGAGAUAUGACCUCGCUGACUACCGCUGACUCUGAAGACGCAAAAGUUGUCGAACUUAUCCUCAAGUGUAUCUGGAAGAUGGCCCGAUCUAUUCCCGAGGACCUUCAAAAAGAGCUUUUGGAUCCAUGCCAACUUUUUAAAUGCAUCGAGGCGUUUCUGCAAUCUAUUCCACCCAAUGAGUGGAGAGCGCGAGCGGCAGCGAAGGUGCCUUCUGGGGACUUGCCACUACGCACCGUGAAAGUGAUCAUUCAACACAUUGUCCAACAUUAUGGUGACGACACCUAUGAUCAAUUGUCGGCGUCCUUCGACGACCCCUCUGCAACGAUUGUCUAUCCAUAUGUGUAUCGUAUUCUGAACGCGGGAGCCGCGCGUACUUCUGAAGGCACCGCGGAGCGCCAGACCCGCCCUCAUUCUGAAGUUAGCGCCCGUCCAGCGUCGCCAGAGGUUGUGAACAUGCAGGAGGGCUUGCCAACAUCAGACUCGGUGACAUCCUUACAUGGUGAAUCCGAAAGCCUCACACCUUCGCGACGUCAUGGCUCCAUCCUCAGCGAGGCCCCGAGAAGCACUACACCAAGCCGGACUGCUUCCACAUCCACGAAUGGCUACACUGCUCACGGAUCGCCCGGGGAUGAUGAUCCAGACCAGAAGCUGAUUGAUAUCCUGGAUCAUAUAUCUUCGGAAACGACAGGAUCGCUGCACAAGCAGGGGAUCACGGAGCUAUACCAGUUCCUGAAAGCACACCCUCAUAAACGCACGAGGGUAGACCGAAUGCUGGACAAAACAGGUCCACAGUUCAAGAAAUAUAUCAUGAGAGCAUUGGCGAGCAGGGCAGAAGAUGAUGAAGAGAGGGAGCUUGUGUUUUCAGACACGCUUUCCAAGCUUGAAAGCAACCCACGGUCCAUGCCAUCCUCACCCCAGGUCACGUCGCCUCAGCGCACACCCUCCAUGUCCUCGACACGCCGCGCUAGCUUGGCCGCCAAGGAUUUGUCGCCUGAGGAGCAGACGACCUUGCAUAGACUGCACGGAAUUUUCGGCUACCGCAGUUCUACGGCAGGGAGCCCUGGUCGACCAACAUCUGGAUCUACGGUAGCAACGCAGGGUGAUGAUGGGCCAAGGCCGAACGACGUGCUGGCGCAGCUUCGAGAUCUCCGAGACCGAUAGUUUACCCUCUUUGAUGAUAUGCCUCACAGCAAACUUUCCCGUUCAUUAACUUCGGUCGGUACUAGUGUAUCUCUAUACGCUGUAUGAUAGUCUCACAUUAGCACGCAAAUCUCACUCAGCUUC